AUGGUUAUGUUACAAGUGCUCAUUCCAUCAAUAUUAUUUUUGCUGACAAUAUUCACAGAAGUGAUCAGCGAAAGAAAAGACAAUUGGGAACAUCUUCCACCACUUUCAUGCCAUGCUGAUCAGAUUAUGCAAGAGUAUUAUGAUCAGAAUGAAAAUGCUUUGAAAGAAAACCAGCAAUUCGAAAUCAACACUAGAAAAUUUAUAUCUACGAGACAAACACCCAAGUCUUACGUUAUUCCUGUGGUUUUUCAUGUUUAUGGAACUGAUUUUUCUGGAAGCCGGGUGACUGACACUAUCAUAAAGAAAGCAAUUGAAAAAGUGAAUGAGGAUUUUCAUGGAUUGAACAAUGAUUUCCAUACAGUUCAUACAGCUUUUCAAGGAAGAAGGUCAACAUUUGAUGUUACCUUUAAACUAGCUCAAAAAGAUCCAAGUGGACGUCCAACAACUGGAAUCGUUUACCAUCCAGCAAAAAAUGGAUAUGCAACGAAUAAUUUUAAUAGUGAUGUACAGAAAGAAGCGUGGGAUAAUUACAAAUAUUGUAAUGUGUAUAUUCAGUUGGAUAUAUAUGGAAAUGGUGUAUUAACCAGUUCUGGUGUUGCUUGGUAUCCGGAUUCUGGUAUGUCUAAUGCCAAUUUGGCACGCAUCGUUUACAAUGGACUCUAUCUUUAUGGAAAUACAAACGACGAGUUUUCAUCAGUUUUAACUCAUGAAUUCGGUCAUUGGCUUAAUCUCUUUCACACAUUCGAACAUGGAUGCGUGAACUCUUCUGAAGGCCAAUGUGAUCGAACUGGAGAUCGAGUAUGCGAUACACCACAAACUGUUGGAAACCAAGGUUGUAAACCUGUGCACAAUUGUCUUGGGCAACUCGUGAAUAGUGAAAAUUAUAUGGACUAUAGUGGUGCAUAUGGAUGCUAUAGGAUGUUUUCAGUCGGUCAAGUAGCUAGAAUGGAAGCCGCAAUGCAACAUCCUGCUCGAAAACCACUGUGGCAGCCUCAAAAUCUUAUAGCAACCGGUGUCGCAGAGAACAAUUGA